GGGCGCUCGCGCCGCCGGAGAGGCGAGCGCGAGGCAGAGAGAGCGCGAUUCAGCUCCAAACUCCCGCGCUGCCGCGCAUCCGACACCGGGCCGCGCUGGGUGCCGCUCGCACUCGGGGAGCCGGGGACCAGCAGCCGCGGCUCGCGGGGAGGACGCCCGGAGUGCGAGAGUCGCAGCGCCCCGCAGAGCCUGAGCCGAGUCGAGCCGGGUGCGCGGGCUGCCCGGCCGCGGCGGCAUGGGGGCGCCCCCGCGGCGCCCCGCGCUGUUCUCUACGGUCUCGGCCGGUGGCCGGAGGCAGGAGCGCGCCUGAGCCCAUGGCGAGGGGACCUGCAGCCGCCGCCUCCUUCACCUCCGCCGCCCCGCCACCGCCGCCAGCGCCCCGGCACCAUGCGAGCCGCCCCGAGCCUCCGCCACUGCGUCUGCCUGCUGCUCGCCGCGAUUCUGGACCUGGCGCGCGGCUACUUGACUGUCAACAUUGAGCCUCUCCCACCCGUGGUGGCUGGUGAUGCCGUGACCUUGAAGUGUAACUUCAAGACCGAUGGUCGCAUGCGCGAAAUCGUGUGGUACCGGGUGAUGGAUGGUGGCACCAUCAAGCAGAAAAUCUUUACUUUCGAUGCCAUGUUCUCCACCAACUACUCGCACAUGGAGAACUACCGCAAGAGAGAGGACCUGGUGUACCAGUCCACAGUGAGGCUGCCCGAGGUCCGCGUUUCCGACAACGGUCCCUACGAGUGCCACGUGGGCAUCUAUGACCGCGCCACGCGAGAGAAGGUGGUCCUGGCCUCAGGCAACAUCUUCCUCAACGUCAUGGCUCCUCCCACCUCCAUCGAAGUGGUGGCCGCUGACACACCAGCCCCCUUCAGCCGCUACCAAGCCCAGAACUUCACGCUGGUCUGCAUCGUGUCCGGAGGGAAACCAGCACCCAUGGUGUAUUUCAAAAGAGAUGGGGAGCCCAUCGAUGCAGUGCCCCUGUCAGAGCCACCGGCUGCAAGCUCUGGCCCCCUCCAGGACAGCAGGCCCUUCCGCAGCCUCCUGCACCGUGACCUGGACGACACCAAGGUGCAGAGGUCACUGUCCCUGCUGGACACUGAGAACCGGGGUGGGCGGCCCUACACGGAGCGUCCCUCCCACGGCCUGACCCCAGACCCCAGCAUCUUCCUCCAGCCAACCACCGAGAACAUCCCCGAGACGGUGGUGAGCCGCGAGUUCCCCCGCUGGGUCCACAGCGCCGAGCCGGUCUACUUCCUGCGCCACAGCCACGCCCCGGCCAGUGACGGCACGGUGGAGGUGCGUGCCCUGCUCACCUGGACACUCAACCCGCAGAUCGACAAUGAGGCCCUCUUCAGCUGCGAGGUCAAGCACCCAGCGCUUUCGAUGCCCAUGCAGGCAGAGGUCACACUGGUUGCCCCCAAAGGACCCAAAAUCAUGAUGACGCCCAGCAGAGCCCGGGUCGGGGACACCGUGAGGAUUCUCAUUCACGGAUUUCAGAACGAAGUCUUCCCAGAGCCCAUGUUCACGUGGACACGGGUUGGAAACCGCCUCCUGGACGGCAGCACGGAGUUCGAUGGGAAGGAGCUGGUGCUAGAGCGGGUCCCCGCCGAGCUCAAUGGCUCCAUGUACCGCUGCACGGCCCAGAACCCACUGGGCUCCACCGACACACACACCCGGCUCAUUGUGUUCGAAAACCCAAAUAUUCCAAGAGGAACAGAGGACUCCAAUGGUUCCGCUUCUGGCCCUGCCGGCGUCCGGCUCACCUUGGUGCUCGUCCUGACAGUGGUCCUGGAGCUGACGUGAAGGUUGGGCCCCUGUCCCCACCACUCCAUCAGGCACCGACAUCUCUGCGAUUGCUUUUCAUUUCUUUUCUAAACUAUUUCCAGUCUUGUUCUUAGUCUCUUUCUGUCUGUGUCUUGGCUUCUUCAGUCAGUUUAAUUAAAACAAACAGAAUGAUUUUCCCCA